CCAUCAAAAAUCCUGAAUAUGUCACCCAAUGAACUCAAGAUGUGAUGGUUUUUGUCAAGUUCAAAUAAAUAAGAUCAUGCUUGAAACCAGAAGGCAUCAUGAGCUUAAAGUAACUUCCGUUUUGUUUAUUUUUGGAAAAGGAUGGAUUGACUGCUGAGGAGAUGGCAGCAACUAAAGAGCCUGAUGAGUCCGAGCGUAUGCAGAUGACAGAAGCGCGGUGUUCAAGAUGCACAGAAUGUAAAGUGGGUGUAAGGGAAAUCAUCCAAACAGGACAUGGAGAACGAUAUAAGUUGGAGUGCAUUGCCUGUGGUCAUUCUUGGUACGCCUCUAGGGAUGAACUCUCUAUGCUGACGAUAGAUGCGGCAACUAAUUCUACAAAAAGUGUUGGCACCGCACCAUGGGCAACUGCCAAAUUUGAAGAUGUGGAGAAGAGUCUACUCAGUCCCCGUGAACCCGAAAAAGCCACCGAGGACCUCUUCAAGAAAACGAGUGAAGCAUACAUGCCCGUAUUGGAUAGCCCGAAAUCAAACAAGUCUAGAAAGGAAGAUAACACAGAACCUGCUAAAAAUGCACAGUAAGGCAUCUGACCUUGUUUUAUGUUUUGUUUACACUUAGGUUCGAUCGCAGUGUACAGAUAGACAGGAUGCCAUAUGUAUCUAAGUUCUCCAACCCUCUUCUCUGUCGCCUCAAGCUGUCGUGAACUAUUAGCUAGGUUUACAGUUAUAACCAAUUACCUAACCCAACUUUUACGUAGAAUCCAUGUUUCUACAAUCUUCUUGCAUAGUAGCUGGUAUUGGUUUUGUAAAGAGGUAUUUUGAUUUCUAAAUGAUCCUUGUAGGUUACUUAUCCCUGAAGAAAGGUGGGGUACCAUUAGCAGCCCUAGCUUUUCUUGCUAGAUUCAUGGAUUAGCUUGCUUCCUAUUAGUUCCUUUAAUAGUAGCCUUUAAAAUAUUUAGCCUACUCUGCUAAGAUGGCCUUAUAUCUAUCCAAGGAAGCCCCAAACAUGUAAUAGCUAUCUCUAUCAUUCUCUCUUAGUGCUCUUUUAUUGUUUAUUGGCCAA